GUAUACUCUCCCAAUCUACCAGCAAGUCUGGUACCUGAUUUUCAUUGACGGUCUCCCACUGUUCAAGCCAUCAUCAUGCGUUUCCAACCUCCUCCAGGAUACCAGCCCAUCUACAACCCCAUUGUCCCAUAUACGGGACCCAUCUACGGUGGUUUGAAGCUGGGGAUGUCUCUGUUCAUCCAGGGAACAGUUCCCAAUGGUGCCACUGGGUUUGCCAUCAACCUGCAGACUGGGCUAGUAGGACUCCCUGACAUUGCUUUGCACUUCAACCCCCGAUUCAAGCCCACAGAAUGUGUGGUGACGAACAUCAAAAAGGGUGGCAAUUGGCAAACUCAGGAGAUACCUUCUGGGACGCCCUUCCAUGAUGGGGAGAGCUUUCAGCUGCUUUUUAUCGUCAUCUCAGAGGGCUACCAGAUCAAAGUAAACGGUAGUGACUUUUACCUGUUCAAGCACGGUAUGCCUGUGGAGCAAGUGAGUGCCCUAUCCAUUGGUGGAGAAGUCUCUGUGCACAUGAUCAACAUCAUCGGGGGAGGGAUUGGACACAUCCUGGGAUAUCCAGGUCUAGGACAGGCGGUGAGCAUCCCUUACACGGUGCCCAUCUAUGGUGGUUUGAGGACGGGGAUGUCUGUCCACAUUCAGGGAGCGAUUCCCUGUGACGUCACCAGGUUCCACGUUAGCCUGCAGUCUGCAGAGGCGAAAUGCAGUGACAAAGCCUUAUACAUCAACCCCCGGUUCAACCCAAAGGAGUUUGUGGUUUUCAACACCUUUCAGAAUGGGAAAUUUGAGGAGCAGGAGAGGGUCACUGAUAUGCCCUUCAUUCUGGGGGAGAUCUUUGAGCUGGUCAUCAUUGUCACCGGGCAGGGCUACCAGGUGAGCGUAAACGGUCGUGAGUUCUACGUGUUCAAGCACCGCAUGCCGUUGGCGAGAGUGCUGGCCCUGGGGAUCGGUGGGGACGUGUUUGUGGAGUCCGUCAACAUCAUGGGGGGAGGACAAGAAGCAAUACAGGCAUGGCCAGGUCCAGGAUACGUCGGGGCUGACGAAAUUAGGCAGCCCAUCCAUGGCGGUUUGAAAGCGGGGAUGUUGUUGUACCUGCGGGGAACUCUUCCCAAAGAUAUCAACAGUUUUGAAAUAAACCUGGAGGGUGGGGGUGAUCUUGCCGUUCACUUCAACCCCCGAUUCAGCGACGGGAGAGGUGUGGUGCUCAACACCCGCGACAAUGGCGAAUGGCAAGCGGAGGAGAAGGUCAAUGCGAUGCCCUUCCGUAAGGGGGAGAGCUUUGAGCUGGUCUUCAAUGUCACCUCAGAGGGCUACCAGGUGAACGUUGAUGGUCGUGAGCUCCACAUGUACAAGCACCGCGUACCACUGGAGCAGGUGACUGACCUGGUCAUUGGUGGGGAAGUCUCUGUGCAGACCAUCAACAUCAUCAUGGAUCAAGAGGUCAUACCAGGGUAUCCAGGUCCAGAAGAUGAACAAGGACUCAUACAGGAGUACCCAGGUCCAGGAGAUGUGAGCAGCACCCCACUUUCCAAGGCCAUCGAUGGUGGUUUGAAGCCGGGAACGUCUCUUUACUUCCAAGGAAAGGUUCACAGUGAAAUCAACAGGUUCCACAUAAACCUGGAGGCUGGGAGUGAUAUUGCCAUGCACUUCAAAGUCAAUUUCAAAUAUACUGAGCUUUUGGCAUUCAACACUCUCCUGAAUCGUGGAUGGCAAAUCGAGGAGAAGCUCGGCCAGAUGCCCUUUCGUAAGGGCCAGGACUUUGACCUACUCAUCAGUGCCACCUUAAAGGGCUACCAGGUGAUCGUUAACGGUUGUAUGAUCCACAUGUACAAGCACCGCAUACCACUGGAUCGUGUGACCUCCCUGACAGUCAGUGGAGAUGUCUCUGUGAAGUCCAUCGCCAUCAUUAAGGGCAGUACAGGCGAUGAGGUAGGAGGAGGAUCAUGGUACAAUUGGAGAUUCCUGCCGAUGAUGGAUGAACAACCAAUCUACAACCCACCCAUUCCCUACACCAGGAUGAUCCCAGGAGGAUUGACUCCAAUGAAGACCAUUGCUUUCAGUGGCAGAGUGCUACCUGAUGCCGAAUGGAUUGUUUUUAACUUCAAAGUGAGCAGCAGUGGGGACAUCGUCUUGCAUUUUAACCCGCGGCUGAACGAGGGGUCAGUGGUGCGGAACAGCUACCUGCGUGGGACAUGGGGGGCCGAGGAGAGAGAUGUCAAGUUCAACCCCUUCUGGCAGGGGCGGUACUUUGAGAUCUUGAUUCGCUGUGAGACGCAGAAGCUUAUGUUUUUUGGAAACGGGAAGCACAUGUUCGACUUUUACCACCGGUUCCAGCCGUUCACUAAGAUUGACACCCUGCACAUCAGUGGGGGCGUGCAGCUGUCCCACAUAUUUAUGUGAGGCUUGCUGUUCUGAUGUCACUGCUCUGAUCUCACUGUUAUGAUGCCACUGCUCUGAUGCCCUGACCUGAUGGCACUGCUCUGAUGUCACUGUUAUGAUGUCACUGCUGUGAUCCCCUGCUUUGAAGCCCCCUCACAUCCCAGCUUUUAGUGCUACACACCCACUCCAGAGUCUUCAGCUCCCAUUCUCAUUUCUCUGCCUUCCUCUCUUUAAGGCUGUUUGUUUACUGGUGUUAGGAGCUGCGUUUCACAAAGUCAGUUAAUAAACACUAUCACGCAUUCUAUUG